AUGAAGCCGAACAAGAUUUCUGCUAUGCUGAAAGCGUUCGACAAUAAUUCGGAUCUCGUGCAAGACAUUGUCUUGGAUCUUUGGAAAGGGUUUUCCACACGGAUCUACUUGCAAAUUGGGAGCGAUGAGGAAGAAGACGUCAACUACUACCUCCCUGUCUUCGUCGGCUCAGAUAUCGAUGACUGGGGAGACAUGAUCGACGUCGGGCGAGCGUUGCAAAUGGGGCUAUUGGAGGUUGCGGACAAUGACACAGCGGUAACAGUGAAGCCAGUCGACGAAGAACUAGAAAAACUCUGCGCCAAUCGCCAGGAGUCCGAUCCCGAGGGAGGUCAAACACACCCAUUGAAAAGGAUCAAUGCUAGGCUCCUGAACCGUCUAAGGCGGUAUCUCCUUCCUGGAAAACAGUACAAGCUUCGGUUCUGCGGCGCGCGCUUCACGAUUUGGUCCAAAUUUGGGAACCGCGAAUCCACGUGUCAAGCAACGUUGACACCUUCGGAAUGGCCCAAGGAUGCUAGAGCCCAGAUGAUUUGUGGUCCUGAGCCUCUACUUUUCACCGUCGUUGCAGGGGUCCCAAUACCUCGCUUCACUGUUUCCUUCUCGAUAAGUUCGUCAAGAUGCUAUCUUGGCGACCCAUGCAAUUUUUUCGUCACCUUGACCGUGACAUCGCUAGAGGACCGGCCUGUGACAGUGGACUUACUGCUUGACAGGACUGAAACCGACCUUUAUCCAAGUGAACCUUAUAGCAGAUGGAACGAGAAAUUGUCGGCCGACGUCUUCAAUAUAAAUGAUGAAGAGACUGGAAAGUGGGGUACCUUACACAGCAAAGUCGGACGAUUGGAUAAACAUCCCAUGGAGAAAGCCGCCGUGCGGCUGCUUCAGUUCAACAAGGGUACAACGCAUACUCGCAAGGUCUACUUUUCAAGGGACGAACUCUCAAGCCACGAAUGCUCAUGGAGAGAUGACUUUGCAGGUCUUACACCUAAAAAGACAUACAAGAUGGCCAUCCGAAAAAUGGGCUACGUUGCAUGGGACUACGGCCGUGCACAUGAGCUCUGGGAAACUCAUCGAGACCAACAAGAUUGGAAUAAGCAUGGUCCUAUCAUAUUUGAGCCUGUGAGCGCGGUGGCACUGACAAUCAAAACGAUCAUUGAACGCGAGAAACCCCAGCCUUUCUUCAGCUUGCCGCAGGAGUUGAGGGAUCAAGUUUACGAAUACGUAAGGCAGUCUGAACGCGCCGAUGAGGUUCGGUUCACGGGCAAGGAGGGUCGAGAACCUCACACCAAUGGCUUCGAUGGAGCAAUGCGGAGUGGCUAG